AUGCUAAUCGAAAUCGAGGUCACGUUGGUGGCCCAAAGCCAAAAUGGCGGACCGUCAGAGCAAAGUCGCAGCAAUGGCUAGUUCUGAGGUGUCAAAGAGGGCAACUAUGUCUUUAACACCAGAAAUUGCGGCUAUAAUACAAACAAGAGAACGUAAACUUGCCUAUGAAAAGAACUUGGAAAUCCAUAUUAAUCGAGGAAGCGCAUAUCCACCCAUGAACCUCGAGAUACACCAGAGAAUGCGAGAUCGAGUAGCUGGAAAAGGAAUGACAGCGGAUGACCGUUUACUUCGAAAAAAAUGGGUAGAUGCUCAAUCGUUGGCUCCUGAUGAACCACGGUUUGUUCCAGCCCCUAGGAACAUAUUGAGGCGCGUGUAUAGAUAUCCAAUGGAUGUAUUGUAUAUGCCACUUUCUAAACUCCCUGUUUUGAGAAAAUGCCAUACAGACGUGCGGUCAGUGCUUCAUGGAACUCUGGUUGCUGUAGCUUUUAUCAAUUUUGCAUUUUAUUGCUAUUAUUUCAAGACAAAGUCAUGGGAUGGUCUAUGCAAAUUUGUGCAUAUGGGAGCAUACCCUGCAACAUUUGGUGAAAAUGCUUCUGCGCCCAAACCAAAAUAUAUAACUCCAGAGGGCUCACCUUUACUUUGACUGUAUAAUACUAGGUGUUUGCAGUUUUCAGUAUUUCAAAAUAAUGAAUUAACAGGACAGUUAUGCACAUUGCAUACCACUGAUGGAGAGUAAGUUACACAUUUUGUAGUAAUUGGUUGCAUAGGACUUCAGAAGUAACCUGAAAAGAAGUGUUUUGGGUGUUCUUAAAAACAGAUAGACUUCUAGAAGAAUUCUUGCUCUUUGAAACAUUUGUGCACUGGAGAUGAGUAAUGUUUCAAGCAUUUUUUUCUGAAAAAAUUUGAAAUAAAUGGAGCUUUGCAAGCUCAAA